AUGCUUGCUAUUUCGGCAGCCCGGCCCCAUCUUGUAUGCUUUCUGAGAAGCCGAUUUCCACUGGAUUUGAGUAGGUGCGAGAACACCCAAUGCAUUUCACUGCCCCACAUGCGAUACAUGUGCAAAGGGAGAUGGUAG